CCACACAUUGUUUCUUUUUAAAUAAAUUCAAAGACAAUAAUGCGCAGGGCAAUUCGGUCAAGUAAAUAGUGGAAGUAAACGGUAGUCAUAAUAAGUGAGAAAAUAAGUUUUAACAUAAUUUCCUCCGGAGUCGGCGGAGCCUUCUCCAUUUCCACCACCACCACCAUGGACUUCCAUCUCCACGGCGGCUCCCCCUCCUCCACCUCCUCUUCCUCCUCCCACCACCGCCACCCCAACAAUAGUAACAACUCCGCCCCCAACGGCCACUCCUCCGAUCCUAUGCACUCCUGGUGGGAGUCCAUCUCCAGAGCCCGCUCCCGCAUCCACCUCCUCUCCUCCCUCCUCCCCUCCUCCGCCGCCACCUCCGACGAAGACCCUCUCUCAUCCCUCGCCGACACCGACCGCCCCGCCCGCUCCCUCCUCCUCUCCUCCGCCGCCUACUCCUCCCUCUCCUCCGCCCUCUCCGCCGCCUCCUCCGGCUCCGCCGACGACCCCCUCUGCCACUGGCUCUACGACACCUACCUCUCCUCCGACCCCGAUCUCCGCCUCGUCGUCCUGUCCGCCCUCCCGCUGAUCGCCUCCGUGUACCUCCACCGGAUCCACCACCCCGACUCCGACGCCCCGAGUUCCCUCUCCGGCUUCGAGGCCGUCCUCUUAGCGCUCUACACUUCCGAAACCAAAGCGCGCAACGGCAAGGCCGUCACCGUCUCCAUCCCCGAUCUCUCGCAGCCGUCGCUCUAUCACGCCCCGCGCAACCCUAAUAAGUCCUCUACCCCUGAUUCGAACCCUAGGCCUUCAAUUGGGGUUCUCUCGCCACCGCUGGAGCCGCAGAUGGCGGUUAAGUCGACGAAGCGCGCCUGCAUUGUUGGCGUAGCCCUUGAUUGCUACUACAAGCAGAUCUCUCAGAUGCCGAGCUGGUCAAAGCUUGACUUCUGCAAGUUUGCCGCUGUUUGGGCGGGCGGGGAUUGCCCCUGCACUUCUGAUUUUGACGGGAAACCGGAGAGUUUUGUGGAGAAGAAUGAGGGGCGCUGGAGUGAGAAUGGAUUUGGGGAUGAUAUUAGGGUUGAAGCAGACGACAUGGAUUUUGUGGCGGAGAGAAUUAAGGAUUUAGAAAUAGAAAACGGGGAUUCAGCAGAUAUUGGUGGCGAGGACUUGAGAAUUCCGCUGCCGUGGGAAAUGUUGCAGCCAGUUUUGAGAAUUUUGGGGCAUUGUUUGCUGGGGCCUCUGAAUGUUGAUGAGGUGAAGGAUGCGGCGUCAGUGGCUGUGCGGCGCCUGUAUGCUAGAGCUUCGCAUGAUCUGGUUCCGCAAGCAAUUCUAGCUACAAGGAGUUUGAUCCAGCUUGAUAAAGGGACGCGAGAAGCUGCCAUGGCGGUGGCUGCAGCGGCUGCCAAUGGCUCUGGUUCGAAUGUUAACACUCCCAGUAAGGCUAAGAAACCCGAGAUACUUUUAGUUUCCAAGUGAUGGUGCUCUUGCUGAAUUUGCCCGUUGUUAACUUGCCUUUGGUGUUCAUUGUGAGAAUAUGUGCUUUUGUGUAGAUUAUUAAUUGUUACUAGAACUAUACGUAUAGAUGAAAGUAUUUGUUUUUAAUGACUGUUAAGGUUCCAGAUUGAAGAGAUAUAUGCUUCAUGAUGUUGUGUAAUAUUAUUGUUUAUUUGAUGUGUA